AAAAAAAAAAAAAAAAACGAACACACACAGUCUCUUUCUCUUCCGUUAGAAAAGUCCCAAAGUAAAGAAGCACGACAACCGAUGAUUCUCCGACGUAGGACGAACAAUCAUCUCCCAGACGAAAUCGUGUUGGAAAUCCUAGCAAGGCUACCAGUGAAACCAGUCCUAAGACUCAGGUGCGUUUGCAAAUCCUGGUACUCCUACAUCACCAAUUCAAAUUUCAUCUCCACCCACCUUAAUCACAAUCAUCAUCAUGAUGAUUAUGUCAUACACAAGCCCAAGCCUUUUCCCUAUCAUCCUUCUUCUCGUUCUAACCUUCAAGUCUGUACGCUCGCUUUCGACCGCACCUUUGAAACCAUAUCCGAGUUUAGAAUUCCCUUCAAUUUUCCAUCUGGGUAUCCCGGUUUGGUGGGUUCUUGUAAUGGCAUAUUAUGUUUCACUGAUUUUAUCACAUCAAAUCCUAAAGAUGUAUACUUGUGGAACCCCAGUAUUAGAAAAUUUAAGAGGUUGCCCAAUACUUGCUUGACCCAGUUAAGUAAUGUGGCACUCGGAUUUGGGUAUGAUUCCCAGAAUAAUGACUAUAAGGUUGUCAGGAUUUCACUGUCUACUGUCAAACGGCCCAAACCUAUGCCUCUCCCUGACGUUGAGGUGUACUCGUUAAGUUCGGAUUCAUGGAAAAGAGUUGGAUUUGGAAUCUCGUGGAGACCCAAUGUUGUGUUCCGCAAAUUUAAUUGUACUUUGAAAUUCCCAUUUGUGAUUGGACAUUUGCAUUGGACGAUAGAAAUGAUAGAAGAAGGAGGUGGGCAAGAGACGCGUUUUACUUCUAUGAUUUUGUCAUUUGAUGUCAAUAGUGAGAAAUUCAAAGAGCUACCACUGCCUGAUGAUGAAGGAAGUUUUAUUGUGACGAAAUGUGUUUCAUCAUUCAAGGGGAAACUGGCUUUGAUUAAAUUUGGAAGUGGUUUACAACCACAUAGCAUGCUAUGCUCCAUUUGGGUGAUGAAGGAGUAUGGUGUGCUUGAUUCCUGGAAUAAACUCUAUGUUGUACCGGUAGAUGGUUUUAUUGGUUUCGCUGGUUUCACCAACUAUGGCACAUUUCUAUUUCAAAACAUGCCCCGGCUGGUCUCCACCAACAGUGAAUUAGAGAGGAAAUAUAAGUCUGUUUUAAUUGACCCCGAAACUCUACAUGAGAAUGAGAUUAGUAUUCAAGUUAAAUAUAAUUUAGAUGUAGCUACUUACAUGGAGAGCCUUGCUUAACUUGAUGGCGCAAAUGUGGUAUCUUACUAAGAAGAUGCUGCUACAUGGUAUAAGAAGUGAUGUCAUACAGGUAUGGAUGAAUUGAAACCCCUCUUGCUUUUACUUAUUGCAGAAGGCAUGGUAACAUUGUUGAAACCAUAUUUUUUUCCCUGGACUAUAUUAUCCUUUUGUGGUUGGGGCUGUUAUAUAUUAGAAGAUAUUGUUUGUUGAUGAUUGUUGCACUCAGUCAACAAAAAAAAAACCGUAAUUGGUGAACAUAACCUUUUUUUUUUGCUUGUGUGUCUCUGCUGUAGUGAUAAAAAGAACUCAGUAGAGCUCUGCAGCAUUUUUUUCCCCGCCAAAAAAGAAAAAAGAAAAAGAAAUGACAAAAGAGAUAGAGCAAAAUUCAAUAAUAAAAAGAAAAAGAAAAAAAGAAAUAGUUUAGGAAACAAGGAGGCAUUCCCAUUGUUGUAUCGCAUUGCACGAAACACCCACUUACCUUGCAAGUGCAAUAUUAAGAUCAGGACUGACUUGAGUUUAGAUGAUUGCCUAGUUGCACGUCAGACUCAAAUGCAAGGAAACUUCAUUUGUUCUUCUGUUUUGCACAUAUGGAAAGGAUUUUUUUUAAUAGAAAUUUGAAGAGAAUCUCUCUGUUAGUUGUUGAGCAUGAAACUAGCAUAAGUGCUUCCUUUGUUCCCAACAUGUAUGUUAUAAUCUGGACUGGGGUAGAAAUUAAAUUUAAAAUGUAGGAGAGCAGCACAAUUGAAAAGAAAGAAUUUUUGCUAGAGACAGAAGCAGAGAUGGAAUGCUUUGAAGAGGAAGUGGACUCAAAGAUGGAAGGUGGUGAGAGCUUUAAUUAGAUGAAUAGGGUAUUUUCUACAGAAGACAUUGACAAUGGUGGAAGCUCACUGAUACGAUCCCCGCCUCGGCUGCGUGUAGCACCUCUUUUCCCACGUGGGGCUAUGGUUAGAUCAAGGAAAUUCUGGAAAUUAACAGAAAAGAAUAAGGAUAAAUUUCUGGUUAUGCUUCGAGGGAUAACUAGGACCUCCUUAACAAGCAAAAGCUUGAUUGUUUUACUGGAAUAUUCGGAUGCUUCUUAUUAAUGAACGUAGGCUAUAAAUAGCCUCCAACUGAGCAUACAAUGCAUUCCUAAUGAUAAAGAUAAAAUAACAUCAAGUCCUAUCCUAUUUCCAACUCCUAUCUCUGUUGGACACACCCAAGUAGAGUCAUUAUUUGAAAAGCAACCCUAUAAACAUAAAUAAGAUAACCAUUAAUAACUCCUAAACAAAUCCUAAACAAUCAGAUUACUUCAACAAGCUAGAACCAAUCUUGUGCAGCAGAUGACACUCAUCCAGAGCAGCUAAGAGAUAGUAACAACUGUGCUGCAUAAUCUGAACUGUGCUGCAUAAUCUAAACUGUGCUGCUGUCCAAAUCCACUUCAACAAGCUGGUUCGUAACACUCACCAUGAAGGUAGCAGAAACAUUAGAAGGAGAAGCCUUUGCUCAGAAUGUUUGGAAGCCUACUCAAGAAGAUGGUCACUAGCAACCAUAAGUAGAGAAAUAGACCUGUUUGGCUUAAAUUGUUUCCUACUAGCAGGAAGGUAUAUAUGGUAUUAAUUUGCACCUAAAUGUGUUUGCUUUAUUGUUUAUGCUUCCUGAAAGCAGAAUAGGCUAAAGAAGUGAAGAGGCUUGUAUUAAUUUUUUAGUUUUUCCUUCUAUCACUUUUGUUUUUCUAAUGCAAUUUCUCAUGUGGGACAGUAUCUUGUAUGUGAUGGAGAUUUUUUUUUGCCUUCA